AUUUCAAUUUAUCGAGUAAAGAAGAAAUUAGCAUUUGCUUGCUUGUUUGCCGAAAAAAGCAAGUGUUACGUUCACUCCCACCAUUUUGCUCUGCCUAUGCAUUUGCUUCUUUCUUUUGCCAUUCAUAGCAAAACUGAUCACUUCUUGACUUUCCAAAUCCCUAACUUUCCUUCUUCCUCUUCUCCAUGGCGAACACAUCAUCUCAUUCACAUCACAUCACUGAAGAGAGAGAAGAAGUCAUGUUUUCUGAGAAAGGUCACACCUUUCUCAAAACCCACUUCCUAAAACCCAUUGUUACCUCUUCUGUAGCCGUAGCAGAGCUUCCCCGUCAACGUCCCUCUGUUUCACCUCCUUCGGAAGAGCUGCUAGAGCGCUUGUCUUCACGAAGAUCUGUCUCUGGGUUUUGGGUUGCAGAGCGUCGUUUCGUCUCUUGGGUUGGAAAGAUGGAAGCUUUGCACGAACCCACUUGGAGAAAAGCUGGCAUCUUUGAAGCCAUCAAGGCGUCUACUUACAACAUCACCAAGAACCCUUCUCUGCUCCUCUCUGUUUCUCAGAAAUGGUGUCCUCAAACUAACUCUUUCGUCUUCCCUUGGGGUGAAGCAACGGUAACGUUAGAGGAUGUGAUGGUUCUUCUUGGAUUCUCUGUUUUGGGUUCCCCUGUUUUGGACUCUGUACAACACAGCUCUGAGGUGGAGAAGCUGGAGAAAGCAUGGGAAGAGAAGAAGGAGAGGGGUGUUGGGGUGAAGGAAGAGAGAUGGACUUCGAGCUUCAUGGGUAGAGGUGAUCUGGAACAUGAAGCUUUCCUUGUCUUGUGGCUUUCCUUAUACGUUUUCCCUGAGAGAACUACUCGUCGCUCUAUCUCCAAACGUGUUCUUCCCAUCGCUGUUCGUUUAGCUAGAGGCGAAAGGAUUGCUCUUGCUCCUCCUGUUCUUGCAAGUGUAUACAGAGACUUGGGUCUAAUCAGUGGCUUUGGUAGAGGAGGAGAGUGUGAUGGCGAACUCAAUCUCAAUCUCAAGUCUUUGUUGAAGUUAGUUCAAGUAUGGACUUGGGAGAGGUUCAAGAACUUAAGACCAAAAGCUAAAGAGAUACCUAAAGGUGAGCCAAGAAUAGCUCAGUGGGACAGUCUUCAGCAAAGACAUAAGAAUGUGAGGUUAAGGUUUGAUGAUUUCGAGUGGCGUCCAUACACUAAGCCUUUGAAGAACUGGAACCCACUUGGGGUUUACGUGGAAGAAGCUAAGUGGGUGACUGUUGGUAAGAGUCUUGGUGAUGAGUUUGCUUCUUUUGCUAGGUGUGUGAGAGUUUCUCAGCUUGUUGGAGAUGGUUUUGUGGAGAGUUACUAUCCGAACCGAGUGGCAAUGCAGUUCGGUUUGUCCCAGGAUCUUCCUGGUUUGGUUACUCGUCAUGGAGAAUUCACAGAAAAGGAGGCAUGUGAGGAUUACAACAAGCCUCUUGAUGGUUUGAAGCUGUAUAUGCCUUCUAGACUUGCUUCAGGUUCUGUUACUACAAAAUACAGAGACUGGUGGGUGAAAUCAUUUUCAGAGAUGCAGAAAGAAACAACUGAAACUUUGAAUGCAAGGAAUGUAUUUGAUGAUGAUGAAGUAUCUCCCAAGGUAUUGCCUUUAAGCCAAGUGGUUCAGGAUCUGGAAGAAGGCUUUCCUGCAACACGGACAAGAUCUAGUAUGCGUAGGUUAUUAGCAAACAAAGAUAAGAUAGGUGAGUUGGUGAACAGUAUGGUAUCUUCAAGUUGGAAGAUGAAGGGAGGUCAUGAGGAUGAUGAGGAGAGUUAUAUGGAUGAAGAAGAAGAAGAUGAUGAUAACAUGACCAUUGCUCAAAUUAGAUCUAGGAGGAAGUAUAGUGAUGCAGAGAAAGCUGGAGAAGAUGCUUCUGAGCCGCUUGGAAAAAGAAGAAGAAAGUUUCAGGUGAUGGAUAGUGAUGAUGAUUCAGGGUCUUGUCAAAAGCUUGCUUCAGUGAAAAUAGAGUAUAAUGACAGUGCAAGCAACAUACAACAAAAGGCAAGGCAAGUUUGUGAUGAUGAUGAUGUUGAUGUGAAUGGAGGAGCUACUUUAGGGAAGAAGAGUAUGAUCUUUGAUGAGGCCAAGAAAGCUGAAUGUUUGCUUCAUGAAGAAAGUGAAAAGAAGAGAUGCAAUGAGAAAAGAAGAGAAGAUAUUCUUGAAAGGCUUAGACAGAGGAAUCUUGCGGUAAAGGAGAAAGAGUUGAAGUUAGAGGCACGUAUCAUGGAGGUAGAGAAGACUUUGGGGAAGAUCAGAGAACGGUACACCAGAGGACUCAAGAUCAAAAUUGAAGCUUCUUCUUAGCUAGUUUGUGUCUGAAACUUUCAGGACGAAACAA